AUGUCGUUUAUGCGCGGCGAUCUGCUGCAGAAGGCGCGGCUGCUGAUGCGCGGCGGCGUGGUGGAUCCGCCCAAGUGGCUCGACGCGCUCUCCAAAGUGCCCCCGCAGCCCAAGGCGAGGCGCUGCCCCAAGGCGAGGAGGAUAGAGUUCCCAGAGGACCCUUUAGUGGAGUCGUAUUACGCAAGACAUCCCGAGGCCAAGCUGCAGGCGUACCGGCUGCAGGGCUUUGACCCGCCGGUGGCUCGGCGGUUUGCAUGGCGGCAGCUGGAGCUCAUGCAGCACGGCUUGACCAAGCGCCAGGCGAGAGACGCCGUGGAGGCGGAGUUCGCGAGGGCGGAGCAGGAGGAGGAGGAGCGGGCGGUGCAGGAGUGGCGAAGGGCCAUCCGGGAGGGGCGCCAGCCGGCAGCAGUGCGGUGCAGUGCGGUGGAGGAGGUACAGCAGGAGGAGCGCGCCCACAUGCUGGCAGGCCUUGAGGCCAUGGGGGCUCAGCUUGAGGCUGCAGCUGCCGAAGCUGAGGCAGAGGCCCGGGCUGUGCAGAAAAGCAUUGGGAGAUAA